AUGCUGGGCCAGAAGACGAACCUCAGCAAGCGCAUCCGUGAGAUGCGUGCCAGCAUAGCCUUGCAAGGGCAAGCAAGGAACUUGUACAGCAAGCCACAGGAAGAGAAGUUCACGCAGAACGUGGAGCGGCUGCCCCAGCUGCGAGAGGCGGUGCAGGAGGAUAUCUAUGUCCUGGGCCUUGCCCGCAAGCAUGAGCUCACCAUCGCUGAGGCUUGCGGAGCGGAGCAGCCCUUGGGCAUUGCUUUGGCCAGUAAGCCGUUGGAGGUGGCCCAGGAGAAGCUCCGGGCUGAAGUCUAUCGCCAGGUGAACACAUGCAACAUGCUGCUGUACCUGGUGGAGCAGCGGAGCCGGGCCAAGGAGCGGCUGCAGAGGCGGCUGCAGCAGCUGCAGGAUGUCCAGAGGGCCGAAAAGCAGCAGCAGGCACAGGUGGUUCGUACCCUGGAGGGCAACAUAGAGAAGAUGCAAACAAAAGUCCGCGCUGGGCAGAAGGUGACUGCCCUGUACGUGGCGGUGCGGGAUGCCCUGAGGAAGGAGCUGGCCCACCUGCCUCUGCACCUGGACCUCCUGAGUGAGACGGCCGAGCUGCAGCAUAGGGAGGUGGAGGACAUGGAGCUCAUGGCCUCGCGUGGGCUCAGAGCUGCUCGUGGAGCCGAGGAGCGCAUGGUCAGGACGAAAACCCAGGUCCUUGCAGAGAGGGAGCUCAGGCUCCGCACCCAGGCUGCUCAGAAAGAGCCCAGAGACGGAGGCUGGCUCAAGGAAGCAAAAGAAAGGGCUCUGAAAACGCAAGCCAAGCAUGACCUCAGCAGGGACUUCCUGAGCCUGCCCGCAGAGGACCCAGUGGUGGCUGCCAAACUGGAGGCCACCAAGUCCCAGCUGCAGCGGGAGGCCUACGUGAGGGAGAAGAUAGAGGAGGCCAAGGAUGUGGUGCAGUGCUCCCGCCUCUGGGACAUCCCCAUCAGGCUCCAGGCACAGCAGAAGUCCCUGCUGGAAAUGGAGCAGUACCUCACAAGGUGCAAGGAGAAGAAGCAGGAGCUGGAGAAGGCAGUGAAGGAGCUGGAGAUGCAGCGCGAUGAGCUGAAGUUUCGCCGGCCCCCAGACACAAGCAGGGGGCUGGUGGAGGAGCUGAGGACGAGGCUGCAGCGGGAAGAGGCUCGGCUGGAACAGGGGCGAGCCCAGCUGCUGAGGAGCCAGGAGACGCUGCUGGACUUUGAAAACGCACUUGACAACCUCUUCGUCCGGCUGCGGGGCAUCACCGUGCCUGGCCAGGAGCAUCCUGUCAAGGCCAUGGCAGUGGACGAGAAGCUCCGGCAGUGUGAGCAGAAGCUGCAGUACCUGGUGCAGCGGGUGGCUGACCUGCCCCCCUCCAGCCACAGCGAGGAUGAUGAGACUUUUGUGAAGGUCAGGCAGCUGCUGGAGGAAACCCUCAUGGCCGAUCCACGGAACCGGAAGGUUUCCUUGGAGGACACGGGCGUGGGGCUCCGAGACGAUUUUGAUAUCCCUGACAACCACAGUGGCCUUGUCCUCACCAGAGAAGCCAUCAAGAAGCAAGGGCUGGACUUGAUCGAAAGCAAGAAGAAAAGCAAGAGGAAGUAG